CAGCGGACAAAAACAACCAUACAUCGUGAUCCCUAGCUGGCUUUCUCGACCAACUAAAGAAAACGGGGAUCCCGCGUUCCUUAGCCACACACGGAAGGAGCUUGUUUGCAUCAGCAUACGGGUACGGCCAACAAUGCAUCGAGGCUGCCGUUUCCGGGAUUCGCCCCAUAGAGCCAGGUCUUCUCGCGGUCUCGACGUCGAGACCGAGGUCGCCCCGACGCUCAAUGCCAAUGUUUUGAUCCCUCCACCUUCGGACUAUAAAGCUCUCGGUCGUCUCCUGGGCUCUUCUGUACUUGUUCUCUCUCUCUCUCACACACAUGCAACAAUCCGACGGCCCGAAAGUUGAUAAGGAACUAUGGAGUCUACUAAUCUAACGGAAUACGGCCAAAAGGAUGGCGACGGGCCUGUCCUAUGUGAGCAUCGGCGAGGAUCGAGGGGAGGUGAUUAUAGACUCGGUCGCGAGGGUGCUCAACGCUGCCGGCGUUCCUUGCGUCUUAUGGGCCCACUUGCUCUGGUCAACUCAUGGCGUCCCAACCUAUGUUCCGCAACUCGACUUAGUCAUCCCGGACGCAGGUCUGGCGGCAGCAAGCGAAGCCAUGAUGACUGGCAGCUUUUCGCCACCCCUCGUUGCAUGCCCGGAUCCGACGACAUGUCGAGACGGGAGCUCACCGGAGCGCCGCCAUCCGCAUACAGCCUUCCACAUGCAUAUCGAAGGCACGAUACGUGUCCAGGCGAUAUCCUGUCUCUGCUUCUAUGUGCAAUCCGAGACGCUCUGGUUCCUGCCGCCGCUUAGCGCCUCUCUGGCAAAGCCCAGGGAAUGCCCGCUGCCGCGGUACCUCGCGUUCGCUGUGGUCCUCGUCCCCAAGGUGCAUAUCCUGACAGAGGCCCUGAUGCGUAUCAUGGCCCGCGACCACGGAACGCGAGUUGGCUCGUGUUGCGUCCAACAUUUUCUCUACAUUCCCAUCUACGUCGAGCAACGCGGCAUCUUGGACAUCAGUCUGCUCCCUGAGCUGUUUGAGGAGCUCUAUAAGCAGAUGACCACCGGUUCGCCGGCCGACGUCGCGAAGGCGAGCUUGAAGCUCAGACGCAAUCUCGGAGCACCACUUGCUAAAGAGCGCUACCGCUAG